GUUCAGUUUACACUGGCACUAAUACUAUUUGUAUGACACUUGUUUUCAACGAGUUUUAUGAGAUGAUGCAUGUAUUAUAAUAUUAAAUCGUUAUAUUUAAUACGUUGUAUUAUCAGCUAAAUAUUCGUUGACCACUCAACUUCUGUUAAUUGAACGUUGUUUUUGUAAUCGCGAUCACAAACGACAGGUAAAAUGUGUUUUAUUAUUAAUAACAUUAACAAUUAACAUUAAUAAUUAUUGUAUAUUACCGGCAUUGCAGCUAGGCUGAAAAUACAAGUAUAAAGUUUUCAUAAUAGCUAUCGGUAAAUUUUAUACCUAUUUUUAAUUAAUUGAAUUUACCAUUUAAGACAGGUCGGAGUUAAAUGCAACAAUUUACGUAUUAAUAUUUUCACGUUGGAUUCCCAUUUUGUUUGACUAAAACCAGUAAAUUAUUUAUUGGAUGUUAUGCAUUUUUUCGGCCAUCGUGAUUUUAACUUUACAAUGUCGUUAUGUAUUAGUGUAAAUGUAUAAUUCUAUAUUUUAUACAAAUUGUAAAUUUUAGUAUUAAUACUUUUUUAGUUUUGUAGUUCAAUUAUUUUUAUACGUAUUUUCAUACCAUAGCCACGAUGCCGAUGUUAAGAUAACACUUUUAUUUUCAAUGAGUAUUAUGAGAUGAUGCAUUUAUUAUAAUAUUAAAUUGUUAUAUUUAUUACGUUUUAUUAUCAGCUAAAUGUAUUCAUUGACUACCCAACUUCUGUUCAUUAAAUGUAGUUUUUGUAAUCGCUACCACAAACGACAGGUAAAAUGUGUUUAUGGUAACGUUAAUAAUUAUCGUAAGAUUACCGGUAUUUCAACGGAUCUGAGAAUACAAAUAUAUACAUUUCCAUAAUACAUAUUGGUAAAGUUUAUACCUUUAUUAAUUUAUUGAAUUUAUCAUUUAAGACAGGUCGGAGCUAAAUGCAACAAUUGACAUAUUAAUAUUUUCACGUUGGAUUACCAUUUUGUUGACCGCACUGUUCAACUUUGCCUUAUAAAUAUUGUUUGUGUUUUAUAAUAUUACCUACAUAUUUAUUCAAAGUGGAAUUAACCUGGGUGUAUUCAGUGAAUAUAACGUUUAAAGUUCUAGCUCUAGUGUUAUUAAAGUAGCAUAGAAAAUAUCUACCGUUUAAUUGAUAACUCGUUUUAAUUGGAUCUAUAUUAUAAUACAAUGAAAUGGUUACACCAUAAUUGUUAUUUCCAUAGUAAAAUUAAACCCACAUUUUUCUUUUAAUUUUUAAAAUAAAUAGAUUUAAUAAUUAUUAUUAUAUUAAAUAUAAAAUUGAAUAUUAUAAUGACAUACCUAAUAGAUUUAUAUGUUUUAGCUGUAUACAGCUAAAAGCUUAUACAUUUUUUUUUAACACAUAGGUAGGUGAUCCGAGUGUGAAUUUUAACUUUUAGUGGUUGCAAUAUUUAUUUAUUGAAAUUAUUUCAUCUAUUCUCUAGAUAUUUUUGUUCCUGAUAACACUUAUUUAAUCUUAAAAUAAUUUUUUUUUAUUAGGUAAUGUCACAGAUAUAUAUUACAUAUAUAUAUACAUGAAUAAUAUUAAAAGUUUAAUCUAGAAAUUUAAUCCUUAGCUAAUUAAACAUAGAUGGUUAACUUUUAUUCAAUUUCUGAAUAGCAUUCUUGUAGGUAAUAUUUUUAUAAACAUUUUAAACAAGUGUAAACAUUUUGAGUUCUGUUAUUAAAAUCUUUUUAUAAUUUGUUUAGUUAUCAUCCCCAUUAUUAUCCAUACAAUUGCUAUUGAUCUUUAUCUAAAAUAUUGUGUAUGUACAAAAAAAUAGUAUAGGUUCAAUAGAUUAGGCUGAACCUUUGGAUGAAUAUUAAUCAAUUUGUCUAUUUUUUUCCUACAGAUGUAGAUUCAUCCAAUUUAGUCAUUACCAAAUCUCUCCUAAUGUUUCUUUGCUGUGAUUAUUAUUAAUAUUAAUAUAUUUUUUUCAAUUUGAUUGUAGGUACUGUUCCUAGUAUGAGUAGGUUAUAUCUAUAGAAAUCAAUAAUUGAGGACAUUAGAAGAUAUGGACUUUUACUGUCCCUAAACCAAAAUUUAAAGUUUAAUUUAAUUUUAGUUUGAGUAUAUUUCUUAGCUAUACUUCUAACUAUAAGUCAGUGUUUCCCAACCAGGGGUCCGCGGAUCAUCGGUGGUCCGCGAGCCUGUUAUAGGUGGUCCGCGAGCCUGUUAUAGGUGGUCUGCGAGCCUGUUAUAGGUGGUCCGCGAGCCUGUUAUAGGGGGUCCGCGGUCCCAUAGAUUUUAUAUUAUUUUUUUUACUCGUUCAUUUUAAAAAUAUAAAUAAAAAUAUAGUAUCCAUUGUGUUUUUCCACUUUUAAAAGUGUUUAUCAAAGUAAUAAAUAAUAUUAUCGUUAUUACCGCCGAAGAUUGAUUAGUGUGUUUCAACUUUUAUUAUUGUGAUGAAGGUUUAUUGCUUUGAGUAUUGCUAAAAGUAUUUAUUAAAUACCAUUAAAUAACGAUUUAUUAAAUAUUAUUGCGACCGAUAUAAUUGCAUAGUUCCUCAAACAUUUAGUUAUGAGAUUAAUUAAAUUUGUACGUUUUUACGUAUUUUUAAUGAGUAUACAACUCCAAUUGGAUGAGCUUUCUCAACAAUUAAUUUUCUUAUGAACUGAUUUACAAACAUUUACAAUAUAAUGUUUUGUUAUUUUAUUUUAUACAAUAAGUUGAAAUAUCAUGUAGUAUUUUGGAUACUAUAUUAUUUUAUUUUGUAAUAAACCAUACCUAAUAUCAAUAUAAAUAUGUGAAUUAUAAACUAAAUUAAUCUUAGGAAUGAAUACUAUGUUCCUAAAUUUUGUUUGACUAUUUGACACUUAUAUUUACUUUGACAAUUUCAUAUAUAUUUUUAGGUUUGUAUACUUGUUUAAAAUUAUUAUGUUUAACAAAUAAAUUGUAGUUGUAUGUAUAUAAAAUGUUAUUAGUGAAAAAGAAAUUGUUUUCAUUAUGAUCAAAAUAAUUAUUAUUUAGAAUUUUUUUUCUCCUGAACAAUUUUAAAAAGUGGACUUAUCUUGUUGUAACAGGGAGCCCUUCAAUUGAGGUGGUCUGCAACGUAUUAAAAAUUAUCGAAAUGGUCGGUGGUAGGAAAAAGGUUGGGAAACACUGCUAUAAGUAGAUAUUUUAUUAAUAAUUUGUAUAAUUAAAUAAAAAUAAAUAGGAUAUAGAGUCUGAAUUUAAAUAAACUAACUACUGAAGAAAGUCAUUUUAAAGCAUUUUAAUCAUAUUAAAUCAUUACAAGUCUCUUCUCGAAACUUGAUUCCUGUAUUGCUUGUUUUUAAAAUCAUAUAACAUGGGAAUAGUUCUUAUGUACUCAAUAAGCUUCAUCAUUUUGUGUCUUAACAUGACUGACAACAUUUUUUUUUUUAAUACUGGGAAAAUGUUGUGAAUAUUUCAUCAAUUGGUACUACCCAAAAAUAUAUUUAAUAUGUUUUAAUAUUAUUAAUCUGAUUCUUCUUAUAAAUAAAAGAUAUGUACAUAAUUAAUUAAUCUACUAUAAUUUAUAUUAAUAUGACUUCCAGUUGAAAUAAAAAAUGUGACAUUUGUUGUGUAUUCAAAAAAUUCCACUUUUAUUAAAUUUUAAAUAUUCACAGAUUAAUUAUGGCAAAGAAAAAAUCGAAGUGUAAAUCGAAAAAGGGAAAAACUAAUAAAACGAAUAAGCCACCUAAGCUCUAUUGUCCUUUGGCUAUGGUAAGGUACGAUGGUGGUAAAAAUGGUUAUUCAACUAUGUGGGUGUGCAAAAUUUGCUUGCUCUGCUGUUUAAGUGAUGAUGCAGCAACUCAACAUUCCUCAAAGUGCAGAGCAAGUUUUAAACUUCAGAAGAAACUUGAAUUGGCAGAGUAAUCCUUUAUAAUAAUUUUCUUCUAAUUAAUUAUAACCAAAAUUAUAACUUAAUACUAACCUAAGUAUUAUAUUUUAUAUUCCAGGCAAGCGCCUCGUGCAGACCCUAUAGGGGCUACAUUAUACAACUGCAAUGUUUGUGGUAUUAAUUUUAAUCGGCAAGUUAAAUUGAAUAAACAUAUGGAAAUUCAUGGAGAUGUUAAAACCAAUACUGUAGUGACGGAAGAAAAAAUUGUAAUAAAAAAGAAGACAACUGAAAAGCAAACUGGUAAUAACAUCGUGAGAAUGGAAGAAGGCCGCCUGACCAAACAUGUUAAAAUUAAAACUAAGUAUGCCAGUAUUUCUAGUACAUAAAACAUUACAUACUAACUAAACUAACAUAUUUAACUAUUACCACAGUAAUGUAUACAACUAUAUAUUUUAUAAUAUCCUGUAAUUUCUUAACAUUUCUUUAAUUGUAUUUUAUAUAUAACAGCAAUAUCAGUAUUUCACAUUUCAUUUUUAAAAUAAAUUUAAAUAUUAUUUUAAAGAUUCAUAACUUCAUUCUAGAGAAUAAUAUUAGAAAAUAAAAGAAGUGUAAAUAUAUUUUUUUAUUUUAUUUGUUUUUCAUGUACAUGAUGUCCAUGCAGAUAUACUAAUUAUUUGAUUGAAUACCAAACUACAUCCCAGUUUAUUUUUAUGUUUUAUACAUUACUGUUAUUUUAUAGGUUUUUGUUUAAACAUAGCUUGUUAUAAUAUAAUAAGGCAUAAUAUAGUUAUUAUUAACCAGGACACCUGUUUUUAUAUAAUUAUAAGUUUUUACUGAGACUAAGACCCUAGCCCUUAAAAUAUUAUUAAAAUUAUUUUUCUUUAUUUCAUUGUAUAUAUGUAAUUCUUCUGAAAUUGAAUUAAUGUUAAUGUUAUUUUGGGUAUUUAAUAUCUCUAAGUCUGUAUUAAUAUCAAAGCUUAUAUUAUGGUUUUCCUCUAAAACAUGUUUAGGAAAACUUAAUUUUGUACAACAUGGCGUCUUAGCAAUUCGUUUAAUCACGCUAAGACACCAUGUUUGACAGUCUAUAUGAUUUGUAACUGAAUACAACGCAAUGAUAAUACCGCUUUCUGGUAACUAACCUGUUCUGUUUGACAAAGUUUUUAGAAGCAGCCUUUUUAAAUUUUAUUUAAGAAAUGUUUUCUUUAUAUUCAACAAAUUCGCUAAAAUUCCAAACAAUAAUACAAAUAAUGUAAAAAUCGCUUUUUAGACUAAUAUUAAUUUAAUCAAACUUAUAAACAAUAUAACCCAAAUUUUCACAAAAAAUCCCCCUUCUUUUGAUAAUGCUUGUAUAUAUAAACUUAAAUUUAACUGUAAUACAUUUUAUAUAGGUAAGGCAAAUAUAAAUUUUAAAAUAAAAUAUUAAGAACACAUUUCUGAAAUAAAAUAAAAUAAGAUUGCCCCUAAAGUCUCAAACAGCGUUUUAUCAUCGUGUUGAAUUCAAUUAAAAAUCAUAUCAGCUAUCAUUCAUGGCGCCUCAGCGUGAUUAAACGAAUUGCUAGAACACAAUGUUGUACAAAAUUACAAAAUCACAUGGGAUACAGCGUUAUUUUUAGAAAGGAAGGAAUACAUAUUAUAUUAUAUUAUGUUAUAAAUAUAUUAUAUAAUAUGAUAACAGUAUAAUAAGGGAUAUUGGUUUCCUGUAGUUAGUAGUUUUUUUUUCAAUCCUUGGUAAAAUUAGUUUGUUUGAGACAUCCGGAAGUACAAAUAAAAACGGUCUUCAUGUGACUCCAGUUCACAACAUAAACGAUGAUAUUUGUCAUAAUUUUCUCUUUUUUUAUUUAUUUCAUGAACCCAAAUUCUCUUCCUAUUUUGUUGACUUUCAGCUAUUGCAUAAAAAAGUAAAAGUUUUUCUUCAUCUGAACUGCGAAACAUAUUUUUGAUGUAAUCUAUACUUGGCAAACAUACUAACAAUACUGCUAUAUCAUCAACUACUAUCAAUCUAUCAACCUAUCAACCUAUUAUGCAACUUGGUUUCUGUAUGACAUAUGUAACGUUAGAGGUAGCAUUAAUAACGCAUUCUGUUUGACAGAGUCUUUAUUCAAAUUUCGUUAAACAUGUUUUAGAAAAAAACCAUAAUAUAAGCUUUGAUAAUAAUACAGACUUAGAGAUAUUAAAUACCUAAAAUAACACUUACAUUAAUUCAGUUUUAGAAGAAUUACAUGUAUACAAUGAAAUAAAGAAAAAUUAUUUGAAUACAAUUUUAAAUGUACAAACCGAUUUUAAAAAUAAUAUCUUAUGACAAUACAUUUUAGACAAUAACCAAAUAAUUUAUAUUUAAUAACAUAUCUGUCUAAUAAUAACCUGUUUUAAAUUAAAACUAUUAUUAAAAAAAAUUAUUUCUAUGUAAAAUGACCAAUUUUUAUAAAAAAAAAUUGUCUAUAUAUUCCUUCAUUUAAUUUUUUAUAUUUUGACUAUGAUGUAUCUGAUGGAUGAAUAUUUAAUUCGAAACUUGUUAUACAGUGCACUUAUCAUAAAUAUUCCAGGCCACACAUUCAUUCAUUUAUUUUUUAUUUAUAUUUUUAUUUAUGAGUAUUAACCAUUUCAAUAAUUUUGUUUUUAAUUUAUUAUUGCAUAACUAUUUUUAAAUUAAAAUUAAAAUAGUUUUUGUUAUUUGGAGGUUUACCCAUUGAAAAGUAGUGAAAAUGUUCAAAAAAAAUGUCUGCUAUUGGGAUAUUCGGAGGUGUAAGGACCUUUCACUGUACAUUCAAAAUAUAUUUAGAUAAAUAUCAUCCUAUAGAUAACUAAUUCAGUAUCUAUAUCAUAAGUUGCUAUAUAUUAUUAAUAAUUGUUAUAUUUUUUAAUUUAUUAACAAAAUAAUAGUUAAUUAUAAACCUUAAUACUGUUCACUGUCAAGAUGUUAGUACAUAUUAGUUUAUAAAUUGUUAAAAAACUUAUAUUUAUUAUUAUUUUGAAAAAAAUAUUUAUUCAACUUUAAAUAUAAGGUCAUUUCCAAAUCGGUAUUUCACAUCUAAUCCAUUCUAUUAAAACAUUAAAUUUUUAAUGUUCACAGGUAUGUUAAUCGAAAGAAACAAACUAAAAAAAUGAUCAAGCCAGAACCUAAGAAAACUGUUGCUUUGCCAAAGUAAUCCUUUAUAAUACUUUUAUACUAAUUAAUUAUUAAUAUUAACCAAAGUAUUAUAUUUUGUAUAUUCCAGGGUCUCUGGAACUACUCUUGUAGACCCUUCAAAGACAAUGGUAUACACUUGUUGUGUUUGUGGUAUUAAUCUUAAUCGAUGGGUCAAAUUGAAAAAACAUAUGGAAAUUCAUGGAGAUAUUGAAACCAAUACUGUAGUGACGGAAGAAAAAAUUGUAAUAAAAAAGAAGACAACCGAAAAGCAAACUGGUAAUAACAUCGUGAGAAUGGAAGAAGGCCGCCUGACCAAACAUGUUAAAAUUAAAACUCGAAGAUCUGCUAAUAUUCAAAAUGCAUUAAUUGCUCCAUACUAGUAUGGAGCUCCAUACUACUAAGUAAUUUACUUAACUUAUAUCAAAAUAAUGUAUACAACUGUAUACAUUUCAUCAUAAUAUCCUGUAAUUUCUUAACAUUUCUUAAAUUUUUUUAAUUUAUCACAG